CAACUAGUCCUGGCAUCCGACAGACAGACGUCCAGUCUAAUUAGUGCAAGGUUGCUCGAAAUUGGGCAAAAGUCCGCCUGAACAUUUUUCUAAUUGUUCAGGCGCUCUUUUGCAUGACUUUGGCCAACCACAACCAGCAGUGCUAGUUUUUGCCAGGGUGUGAAGAAUUGAUCAAGUAGCGCCGCUUGGUCUUUGAAUUGAUUGAUCAGCGUCGUUGCUUGAUCCAUUCUCUGCAUCCACAAUCACCAAGCCAACAAUUUGGAGAAAAUUGGUGAGUUUUGCGCUAAAACGGUGAUAAAUUUUGGCGGUGUUACGAUGUUCUAAACUAUCGAAAGAUUAACUGCCACGGGAUUAUAAAUAAAGACUUUAUUGCUCUGGGAAUAGGAAAUUUGCGAAAAUUACUUUUUACUUCGAUAAAACUUUGCUUAUAAUUAAAUGCGUAAACAAAACAAACAGAACUGAGUGUUUUAAUGGACUUAAUCAAAAUUUCAGGAAAGCUUGUAGAGCUGAUUUAUUAUUUAGAAAUUGCCCCAUUUUGCAGCGGUCGAUCAUUUUCUUGUCGCAAUAAUUCCCAGCACUGUAAUGCUCACAAAUCGCCGAUAAUCUUACGGCUUCUAAUGUAAUCAUAAAUUUCUCGCUUUCUGUAAUCCAAUAUCGCUCCAACUCUAAACAAUCGUCAUUCCGCCGUCGUUUCAUUAAAGCAUUCCGCAAUGAAUUAAAAUUGAAAAAUACUCGAAAAUUCGAACCGCCCUCAUAAUUUAAACGUUUCCGUCCGCAAACAAAACAGAUUGGCACAAUUUUGUUCAACCACCGUUCACGCUCGAGGUUUACAACCCCUAAACCAGCUCUACAAUAUUGAAUUAUCAAGAUAGACGAUUGCGUGGCAGGAGAGAAAUUGAAAUGCAUUCCUUACGAAAAUCCAUUCCCACGUAAUGUCAAAUCGGCUCAAAGUCAAGAGAGACUCUAAUGAAAUUUUUCUUUUUUUUUACAGAACGAUUCAAAUUACGAGAGGACGGUCAGUAAGUCUGCUGAUGCUUUUACGACAGUUUCAGCUCUCUUACUUUCCGUCUUCUUGCGAUCGAUUGCCAACACUUAACAAAUUAAUUACGUCGAGAUGUGGGUCGCACCCUGGGGGUUCCACAGAAGAGUGAGUCCACCCGCCGCCGCAAGUUAGGUCGCCAGAGGCCGGCCCAAAGUCCGUCCCUGGACCAGGCCACACCAGACGGCCAUGUGCACGCCGGUAUACCGAUCAUAGUGGGACGUGGGCCACGGCGGCACGAUGGAGGUGGAGGUCCGCGAGGAGGCUUCGCCCGGAACCAAGUCCGGGGACUCCACCGCAUUGCUGGUCAACAACACGCCUGCCUACCCCAUGGCAGACGGACCGGUGGUGAUCGUCCGUGUCGAAGAGGUGCUGCUCGUGGUCCUCGUCCUCAUGAUCUGGGUGGCGGCCAUCGCCCUGUUCUUCAACCGUUGGGGCAAAAUCCGCAUGUUGGAGCCCUACCAGCCCAAGUUCCACCAGCAGCCCCAUCGGCCGUCGUGCCCCUUAGCCCCCCUUAGCCCCCCAGCACCCCAAGUGAGCAACACUCUGCCCAGGGCGCAGAAACCGACCACUCAAAGGAUGUCCUUUUCGAAAUACAACGUCAACGCCAUGACUGACCCUUUGUCAGCCCUUCCAUCGCCCAUUAUACGGAGGCCGAGACAAAACUCGGUGUUUGUUGGGAGCUCGACGAUGGCCAUCCUGAAUCCGCCCCCUCGACGCGUCAAAUCUGCCAUCGAUAUCCAACAUAUGGUCGUGAACGAACACAGUCCCACAUCACUCACAGGUAGGAAAGGUUCGGUGAUUCCCAUCCUCAACCGCGACCGGCGGCCCUCGAUCACCAUCGAGCGUCCCCGCCACCGGCCGUCCAUCGCCAUCCUCGACCGCCCGCCGCCGCCCGCAGCCCGCUACCGGCGUUCGUCGUGCUUCGUGGAGCGUCCCUCGCGCCCCCACCGCAACUUCAUCAGUUUCGAGCACCCCAUCGUCGAGCGCAAAAUGUCGAUAAACAUCGAGCGACCAUCGUGCAGCUACCACCAGCAGCCCAUCGUCAGCUUCGAAGCCCACGUGGAGCCCGCCAAAGUGGACUUACCGCCGAAACUACCGAAACUCUCGCGCAGUUUCGAGCAACCGCCGAAGGAACGAACGCGACCCGAACGCAUGGCGAACAGUCUCGACGUCAGUUCGGUCAGCUUCGACCGGCGCUCGAGCAUCGUCGAAGAGGACCGAUCUUCGCCGGUUUUCAUCUGUUUGGACGAAACCAGGAUCACGGCACCCUUGCUCGAAGGACUCAAAAGCUCCGACGUGUGAUCCGAAAAUCGUAUUUUUCUAAUUGUUGGUGCUUCAGAGAUUUAUUUUUUGACUCGGAAGCCAAGGCUAGUGAGAUUGCCGGAAUUGGACGCACUCACACGAUUUGCUCAAAAUAUUUCAAACGUUUAUUACAAAGGCAUGCCUUUCUACAAACUAUUCGAUCUAUGCCAAAACUUGCCGGCAUAUCUAAAAAAUUAUAUCAUAUUUAUCUCUCCUCUUACAUUAUCCUUUCAUUAAGCGGAAGCUUCGGAAUGGCUAAAUAAAGCAAAUAAUUCUUGGCACAAUUCCAUCCGAUUCGUACAACAAUAACACACAAUAUUUAACAUGGAUGUACUUAUUAGAACUGUAUUCUAUUUUGAUAUAUCGCUUACAUAGGACCAAAUCGCUUUGUCUGAAGCGCCCGCCACAUAUACAGGGUUAGUCCGCCAAAAGUAUAUUUUUACUACAUCUCAGAAAUUCCUUUCCAGGUCAAAAUCCUCAGUUAUUGUACAUUCUUAAUAUUGUUUUUUACUUUAAUAGUAAACGACCGCUUCUUAUUCGUUUUAGUGUCAGGUCAGGUCAGGUCAGGUCAAAAAAGUAAAACUUUUACUGUAUGGUCAUAAAAGUUGUCACUUAAAAAACAUUGGUUAUGAAAAAAAAUAUACAUAGGGAAAAAAUAACUUAAUAAAAAAUUCUUGUGACAGGCUCACCCUGUACAUGUCAAGGCGGCUGUUUUAACAAAGCACUAGAUGAAAUAUUGAUCGUAUAAUCAAAAUUUCAUAAAGCUCUACCUAUUCUGGGACCUAAGUGUAGAUUGUAUUUUUAGAUAGGAUAGUGUUCGAUUUCGAUAGUAAAGCAGAGGCGUACCACAGGGGGGCGUACCGUAUUUUAAAUGUCGCGAUUUUAUAAGAUUUUAGACCAAGUUUAGCGCGUACCGACUUAUUCUAACUGUGUAUCAACUAAUAAACAUUAUAUUAAUGUAUUUGAACUACAUUGUUAUAAAUUAGUUACGACUGUCUUAAAUAAAGUGCUGAUCAAGGA